AUGGGCGUCCAAAAGACCCGUUCUGAAGCCAUGCUGAUGGGCACCGACCCUGCCAUGCCUGGGGACGAAGACGGCCGAGUUGGGGUGAGCGAGGUGCAGGGCCGCUACUUCUACCAACCCGAGCCUCGGGCCCCUCUGGACGCUGGAGUAGCUGACCGCGACUGCAGAGGCAGCUGCGACGGGGCAAUGGGCGUCCCCUAUCCGGGAGCUGCUAUGGUGCCUGUGGGCGUACAGCCAGCUCCCAGCCCGGGCCGCUUCCUCUCCCCUUACUCUUUCCCCGCCCGUCCCCAGCCCCAGCCCGCGGGCUAUGCAGGAAGCCCGGAGCCCUAUACGCUCACCUCGGGUGGCGAGAGCUUCCAGCCCAUAGACAGCUACUCCGGCGCUGCUGGAGCUGUAGGUGGGAUGUAUCCCCGGAGCAACCAGUUCUUCCCCAGCCCUGAGGCGAAUCUGGGCAUCCGGGCCAGGGACCCCUGCAGUGGGACCGCUUUCUCCGGGAAAUUGAAAGUGGUCCUCGGCAACCAUUCCCUGUGGCUCAAGUUUUAUAGGCAGCAGACCGAAAUGAUCAUUACCAAGCAGGGCCGGCGGAUGUUCCCUUUCCUGGCUUACACGAUCCAUGGGAUGGAUCCUGUUGCCCAUUACCGAGUGUUUGUGGAAGUGGUGCUGGUUGAUCAACACCACUGGCGUUAUCAGAAUGGCAAAUGGGUUCAAUGUGGAAAGGCGGAGAACAACAUGCCAGGGAAUAGGCUAUAUAUCCACCCAGACUCACCCAACACAGGGGCCCACUGGAUGCGGCAAGAAAUAUCAUUUGGAAAACUCAAGUUGACUAACAACAAGGGAGCCUCCAAUAAUGUGACCCAGAUGAUAGUAUUGCAGUCCCUCCAUAAAUACCAGCCAAGGCUUCACAUCGAAGAGGUGAGAGAUGGAGACCAUGAGACACCAGGUCCCUCCUCCUUGACCCACAUCUUUACCUUCCCAGAAACAGAGUUCAUUGCUGUGACUGCAUAUCAGAACUCUGAGAUCACACAGCUAAAAAUCGACAAUAAUCCUUUUGCCAAAGGCUUUAGAGAAAGCUUGGAUACGUUCCUUACAGCUGUGGAUGCCAGUGCUACCACUUCCCCUGAACCAGUUUCUGGCUACCCUUUACUGGCUAGGAGUCGAUACUUACCAAACCAGUAUUCAUCACCCAAUCCCUUUUACCCUGAGCCACAUCACGGACAACCCAAGGAUGGAGUACCCCUUUCUUCCUGGCUCUUUACACAGGCCCCCCAGCCACCAUUGGACUAUGCCUAUGACCCUUCAUAUAGUAGCAGUAAGAUUCUCCCCUUGGGCAUGAAUGGCAUGAAGCCUGGACUUCUGCCCUCCACUUCUCCACCCACCAUGCCUUACUACCCCAGCCAAGAUGCUCUGGUCCCUCUAGGAGACUGGUCAACUUCCCCUUCAUAUAACCCCAAAGUCAACAAUGGGGGCUGGUUCCGAUCCAUGCCCCCAAUGCCCAUUGACCCCGUUAUUGGGGUCCACGAAGAGAAGAGGCCUGAGGAGGAAAUCUGGACUGACACCCCCAAGUCAGAUUCUAAUGACUCAGGACUGGGUGAAGGAGACUCUAAGAGGAGACGUGUGUCUCCUUAUGAUUCGGGCAGGGAUGACUCUUCACCUGGCCAGGGCCCCACUGGGGAUUCUCCUUUUAAGAAAGAGCAGCCACUUGGAGACCAAGUAUAUUUUUUUAACUGAGAAGAGGAGCAGUGCCUUUGGCUCUUGAUGGAACAGGAGGUGAGGACGUGCUUCAGGCCCAGAAAAAUAGACAUGCUGUUGGAUGUUCACAUUGAAGCUGACCCCACCUCUUCUUGAUGGCGUCUCCCCAAAGCAGAAGGCCAGCUUGGGAGAAUGCCCAAGACAGGACCUAGAAGUCUGUUUUCCCUUCAUCCUCAUGUCUGCUCCCCAAAAGUCAAUAGAAGGAAUGGUAUCUGUGCCCUUCAUAUUCCUCCCUGACCAGUCAUCUUUCCCUGGUGCUGCCUCCAAGUGUUUACUGGAGAACAUGAAGGAAGCAUUCUUCUCAUUUUCGAUAUCUUUGUGUGUGGGUGCUGAGGGGAGGGGGAAAGAGGGGAAAUAGACUGUCUCUUAUUCCUUAUGGUGCCUAGCUCAUUUUUUACUUAACUUUUUUUUUUUUAAAACCACCUUCAUCCUUUUGAAAAAAGGAUGUGAGCAGCUGGUCAGACUUAGGGAGAGAUUCCCAGUGUCCUUAAAUAAGGUCUGGGUGUCUUCCUUCCUAGGGAGAUGGGCAUCCUGGAAUAGUUGGAAUUGAAGGUGAGGGUGGAGGCAAUAUUGGCUUCACAUUUAGAUUUUAGAAAAAUACGU